AUGCUGGAUCCCACAUUCCCUCUCGCGCCGAUAUCAAAUAUUGUGGCCUCGAUCCUCGUGCUGCUUACACUCGUGACGAGCAGCUAUCGAGGUCCUUAUGAUCGCGGCAUCGUCAUGCUGAAGGGAUGGGUCAUGAUUGGUCUCUUCAAGAUGUCUAUACAAACGAUCGUAUGGCGCAACUCAUACGAAAUCAUCCUACCGGUCUUUUGCGACAUCUCGUCUCAUCUUGAGAUCGGAUUAGCAGUGGGACUCCCUGCCUGCUCUUUGGUUAUGACACGGCGAUUGUGGAUCAUCUUGGAUGGUGAAGUCUCACCGCAUAAGUCCGUGCUUCAUGGAACGGCCUUUGUGGAUUACUUUCUUGGGUUUGGAGUGCCCAUCAUGCACAUGACUCUAUAUUAUGUCGUCCAGACUGGACGUUUUCAAGUUUUUGAGAGUUAUGGGUGCGGAGCAUGCCCAUAUAGAAGCGGAGUUACUAUCCUGCUCUUGACGAUCUGGCCGUUGAUCUUGCCAAUGGUUUCCAUUUCCCUCUACUGCUGGAGGAUUGCACUCUGUCUAUACCGGUAUUGGCACGUAAUCCAUCGCACAGAAAGUGGACGCCGGGACUGGGAUCGCGUACGCUACACGCGACUAUUGGCGAUUAGUCUCAUCGAUAUCUUCCUCUCUCUCCCUGUUGGAAUCAUCCUAUUCAUCUCUAAUAACUUUUUUGGUCCUCAUUAUCCGUUCUGGCCGGGUUGGGACGUCAUACACAACACCUGGGAGCCGGCCAGCACCCCCGCCUCCACCUGGCAAGGCCAAAUUACGGAUCGCUUUGUGCUUUACUGGAAUGAAUGGGUGUUGGUUGUGUAUGCAGUGGCCAUAUUUGCCCUGUUUGGUUUCGCUCCCGACGCAAUGAAUCGCUAUCGAGCUAUGUAUCACUCAGCAAGCUCGUGCCUGCGAGGACCGAGGCGGCGUGGAACAUCAUUGUCCAACACAAAGACAUCAACCUCAACCUCAGAUGCGGAGAUCGGGAGCAUAUGCCGACCUUUCCCGUCGGUGAAGGGACAUCAGAUGAGAGAGGAUUGUCUUACAUUGGACACCGUUGAUGGGCCGUGGGGCGGGUUGCUCUCGGUCAGUGUCGACAUCUUCGCAGGUCACAGUGCACCCGAGGGCGAAUUCACCGCGCAUAAGCCAAGGGCGUCGAAACACUGA